UAUGGACGAGUCAUUCACAUCCUCUCAUUUAUCAGGGAGCAGUCCCACCAUGUUGGAUAGUCUGAGACAUCCAGACAGUCCGGGUUCCCCAUCCUCGCCCCAGACCCCAGGAUCCACACCUCGUCCUUUGAUGUCACCGAACCAGUGCCACACUGUCGUUCUCUUCAGCACCCCAAUCGCUGCCAUCUAUAUCGACGGUAAGGAGCGACUAUGCCUCGCUCAAAUAUCCAACACACUCCUCAGGAAAUUCAGCUACAAUGAGAUUCACAACAGACGAGUGGCACUUGGUGUCACCUGCGUCCAGUGCACACCUGUCCAACUGGAGAUGCUGCGUCGUGCAGGUGCCAUGCCAGUCAGCUCCCGCCGAUGUGGGAUGAUUACCAAACGCGAAGCUGAACGACUGUGCAAGUCAUUCCUGUGCGAAAGUCGACCCCCAAAGCUCCCAGACAACUUUGCUUUCGAUGUCUACCAUGAAUGCGCAUGGGGGUGCCGGGGAGACUUUGUUCCAUCACGGUACAACAGCUCAAGAGCAAAAUGCAUCAAAUGUGUCUAUUGCGGCUUGUACUUCUCCCCGAAUAAAUUUAUAUUUCACACCCAUCGCAUCGCCGACUCGAAGUAUCGUCCUCCAGAUGCAGCGAAUUUUAAUUCCUGGAGACGACACAUCCAUCUAAUAGAUCGGAAACCAGAUGAUGAUCUCCUCCAAGCUUGGGAGGACGUCAAAGCAAUGUUCAAUGGCGGAAGUCGCAAACGAUCAAACCCUUCUUCAUCAACAUCCCAUUCUCCGUCCCUCCAAUCUAGCGAAGCUAUCUCGUCGAGUCCACCCAUAACGAAACGCAAGAGACAGUCAUUGAAUUAUCAGGAAUCGGAUCCUGUUAUUCAGCUCAGACCCAGUUCAUCAUGUUCUAUUGAUCCUCGACUCGAUUACUUUCUUUCUUCAGCGGCUAUUGGCGGCAGCAACAUCCAUACGCCUCAGGCCAACAGACCACCUACUCCAUCGGUUGAAGACAACUCAAUGGCAGCGGCCCAACUUUACGCUAACGGUACCACUAAGCUUCGACAACAGUUCUCAGCACAUGCCCUUGCCAACAGAAACAUAUACGCUGAAUAUCUUUCAAAUGGCGGAAAGCUCCCAUAUCCAUUGGCUGCAUCAUUCUGGCCGAAGACACCAAGUUUGAUAUCUCCAUUGGCGGCUCACUUCCCGAGGGAUUUGCCUCCGUUCGAAUUAAAAGGUUUAGCUGAUCAGCGUGUUCAUUCUUUAAGCAAAGACUCUUUGGCUCUUGCGGAUAUCGAAGGCAAUUCUAGAGAUGACGAAGCACUGCGCGAUCUUGAGAACUGGGAAAAGGCCCGUUUCUCUCUUGCUGAGCGCCAUUUCAAUCUAAGAGAUAUCAAGAUCCCGGAUAAAGCGGAAUUCCACUAUGGAUCGGCUUUCCGUCCUGUCAUGGCAAACGGGGUUGAGAUGACAGAUUCUGCCAUGUCUCUUCGAUCACAAUCAGGAGAGUCACCCCUUCGAGGAGGUGACCCUUCAUCAUUCAUCCACCACAUCGUAAAGAAAUCCUCCCAUGAUCCCAGUCCAGCUGAUAUCUUCCGGAUCAAGGAAUCGUUUCCUACCCGUGAUCAUCCAGCAUCGGGAAGUUUACCUACAAGGCAGACGGACAUUGCCAGGUAUUUCCUCGAUGACAAACCGUGGGGUCGUGAAGCAAGAGAAGGGACGGCUUUUCUCUGGAGACAGCAACGAGAGAAGAGAUUGGACGAUCUUCUUUUCCGAGUAGCGAGGAAGGAGUGUGAGCGCAAAACGAAGAAUGGAGACUUUGGAGAAGGAAAAACGAACCCGUCUUCUGUCAUUCAAGAUGCAGAGGCCUCUACAUCUUGCGAAUCACCGGAUUCAAAACUUGAGAAUACAGAUAUCUGCGUUGGAAUGUCAGAGACCGGAAAAGGAAACGUUGACGAAAUGUCCUCUAAAAAUGGCUCAUCCCUAGAAGGUCAAGCAACAAAACUAAAUCGAUCGCCAUCACCUGAGGUCGACGUUGAUAUCAUCCAGAAAGGAGAAUGUCCAACGACAAGCAUUCCUGCCGAAGAUUUAAAUCUAAGACGAAUUUUCGGCUCCAACAGUCCUGGUAGUAUGGAAAACAAGAACCCAUGAAAGUUGGAUAUCCAAGAAAUGAUAGAAUUACUCGAGUCAAAGAGUUGCUCACUCCGUCGUAUACCAUGUAUACCAUGUAUACCUACCCUAUUUUCAGCUGAAAAUCAACGGCCAAGUCGCGGCUACAAUCAUGACAAUACCUACGGUUGGUCGAAGACCCUCGCAUAAUGCAUGUUCUUAAUGUGUACGUCCUUACCCCUAAACACCCUUUGAGUGCAAUCCUUCAUUCAUUCAACACCUCCUUAUUAUAAUUUACUUCAGAAAUUGAAACUGUCACCUUUAACUCUUAAUCCUUGUAAUUUGUCAUGAAAAUGUGUUGAAAAUUGCGUAUGUAUUACAUAUGUAUUAAAGAGUGAAAUAGAUCUCGUUUGAAAUGAUGCCUUCAUUAAUUUAUGAGAGAAUUGUCUAUAGUUUAGAAAGAUUGGUAUGAGAUGAUAAACUUGAAAUAUGAAGGAACGCUGAUCUAUCGUUAAAGGACGUUUGCUCUAUAAUGUGUAAUUUUCCCUUGUCAAAUUCUUACUGAGGAGUUACAAUCAUUCAGUGUAAAUCGUAUGUAUCGUGCAUGAUUUUGCUUGAUAUUUUUUUGCAUUUUCAAUGUCGCUGUUAUGUUUAGUUUUUUAAGAUUUUAUAUUAUUUUUAACAUCGUUAAAUGAUAAUUACAAUCAUUUACAUUUUGAACAAGAGUCUACAAAUCAAUCUAAUAAUGAAACUAAAAUAUUAGUCGUUUAAAGAGCAAGUCCACCUAGUGCAUUUUCUUCUUCUUCUUCUCCUUCUUCUUUUUCUCAAUCUUCUUCUUUCUCGUCUUCUUUAUUUUUCUCUCUUCUUCACACGUUCUCCAUUAUAUUAUCGAAAUUGGGAGUUAUCAUUAAAACAUCAUUAUUCAAAAUAAUGAUCAUCUCAAUUAAUGAAAUAACAGUGACCAUUAAAACUAUAUAUAAGGAUAUUAUUAAAUGAAGCCCGUGGGAUUAAUAUCAACAAUAGCAUUUAGGUCUGCAACUUUGCUGAUAUCAUAAAACCUUACCUCCAUGCACGACAGGUAUAGUGCAAGUGAGAUGAAGAAGUAAAAUAAAAACAAAACAAAAUACCUCAUCAAUGAUAUAAAAAACAGAUAACACGCAUUAUUUUGAUGAGAGAUAUUUCCUAUAUUGAAUUCAUUUACGACUUUUCUACGCCUCAUAGGUCAUUCAAUAUCAUUUCUAUUUUAAUUGCGUUCUUACUUCCAUCGGUGAUUAGUGGAAAAUAUCAAAUGAUAGUUCAGCACAGUAAUACCAUUCACAUUCACUGCUCGUUUAAUCGCAUGAUCAUUACAAAUGCAUAAUUCAAAAAUUCAUCAAUUGACGAAGGCCGUUAUAGCAUAAUCACGCUGGCUAAUUUGUUCGUUUUUUAAUUCUGCUAAAAUACUGGCGUAGCGAGGGUAACCUAUUUUAAUGACCAAAUGAGCAUUGUUCAAACAUGUCAAAAGGAUGAGCAUACGUCGACAUUUUGGAAAUGAAAAUUCCUGCAUCUUAUGAGACGGCUUCGUGUUAUUUAGAUAAAAGAUCAAGGUAACGGUGGGUAAGCCUUGGCAAUGGCAUAUGUCUGCAUUACGUUAAAGGUGAAGUUCACCCUAAUGAUAAAUUUGAUCUAAUAACAUCGGAAAGAAUAGAUAAAAAUAUUGGUGAAGGUUGGAUGAAAAAAUCCGUCAUAGAAUAACCGAAUUUUUAUUUUUUUUGUCACGCCACAGACGAGCAGUUUUUCCAUUAUCGCGAUAUAGGGUGAACUUCCGCUUUAAUUCGACCAGCCUCCAUCUACUUUUUCUAUUCAUUACUGAAGUUUUCAUAUUCAAGUCAUCAAAUCCCUUUAUGAAAUGCUGACAUUGAUCCUAAUCAAAUGAUUGGCCGAAAUCAAUCACAUGACCACUAGUUUAUUUAAACUCACAGGAUCAUUAAUUUUGCUAAUGACUGGUACUAUUGACCGGUCAUGGCAUUGAGAUGAGGAUGGGUUUAUCAAGUAUCCACAUCUCUGUUUUAUGAAACAUAAUCAUUGUCAUUGUGGUACACAUAAUUUUGCUAGGGCAUUAAACAUGUAAAAUUAGUUACAUUUGAAACAGUACAUUGUCAUGAUUGUGUUGUACCAUGAGUGUGUAAUUCCUAAAAAUGCCCGAGGCGAUGUAUUGUAUACUAUCCUUUUUCAAAUACACUUUUCUUUAAUUCAAUUAAGGUAAUUUGGUUUGCCACAUUUAGUAUCCUACCGCAGAUGAAGUUCACAUUAUAUUAAACACGAAUAAUUAUAUUCAAGUAUAAUUCAUUAGAAUGUGAUUAUAUCGAACAGGUUUCCUGGUUUAAAAGCUUAAAUUGUAUAUUUCCUUCCAUGUUGAUAUACAAGAGUAUUGAAUUAUUACUAAUGUCAUAAAAAUCGUAUAAGCAUACAUCGAGUACGUCCAAUUUCUGGCAUUUCGAAUCCUCAGAACUUCUCAUAAAACUAUAU